UGACACCAGGCUCGAUCUUAACAGUAAAAUAUAAAACACUGCAUAAUUAUAGCUGACAUAACAUAAAAUUCUUCAGCAAAGCAUCAUCAUUCAUCAUCAUCAAAUGCCUCCACCGAUCAAAGAACCCUGCAAAAAAGAGGCUUGUGAUAUUCAAGCUUGUCUUUCCAAGAACAAUUUCCUCCCUCAAAGGUGUGUCAAAGUCAUUGAAAAUCUACAGUCUUGCUGUGAGAAAUGUGAGAACAAGUCGACCCACUGUGGUUCUGUGUCUAGCCUUCUAAAGCAAAUUCCGAAACGAUAAUUCAUAUCUGUGUGAACCACAAUUAUAUCAGUCAUUUCUCUUCCAGAGGACGGCAAAUUCGGAAACGAUAGUUCAUAACUAACUCUCUUCUAAAAUGAGGCAUUUCUGAAAAUUUUGCAGAUACACAAAAAACAUAGCGAGGAAACUGUUCUUUGUUGGAAAGUCCUCGAUGUAGUACAAUCCAAGGAAACGAUUCUUGUUAGGGUUGUGUGAUUAUCGGGAUGUUUAACAUGUAAUAUCUAUUCUAGAAUUCAUUUGAUCUGAAAAUGAAUUUCUUUACUGAUAUUUUUGAUAUACAUAUUGAUCAAGUUUACAAAAAUAAUUAAGAAUAACCAAUCAAUUUGUGGCAUGAUUGAUGUCUUUACUUCAUGAGAAUUGUGUAAAUUUCUGAAUUCAAACAUAUAGAUGAUAUUAUUUAUCAUUUAUUUAUUUAAAUGAGAGUUCAUUGUUUUA